CCGCCGCCGCCGCCGCCGCCGCCAUGAAGACUCCCGGCGAGGUGCUGCGCGAGGGCGAGCUGGAGAAGCGCAGCGACAGCCUGUUCCAGCUCUGGAAGAAGAAGCGCGGCGUGCUCACCCCCGACCGCCUGCGCCUCUUCCCCGCCGGGCCCGGCGCGCGCCCCAAGGAGCUGCGCUUCCACUCCAUCCUCAAGGUGGACUGCGUGGAGCGCACCGGCAAGUACGUCUACUUCACCAUCGUCACCACCGACCGCAAGGAGAUCGACUUCCGCUGCGCGGGCGAGAGCUGCUGGAACGCGGCCAUCACGCUGGCGCUCAUCGACUUCCAGAACCGCCGCGCCCUGCAGGACUUCCGCAGCCGCCAGGAGCGCGCCGCGCCCGCCGCGCCCCCCGAGCCCCGGCCGCCCCGCGCGCCCUGA